GCCUGACGAUUCCCCUUUGCAACAUCUCCCACCUGGAGAAUCGAGAUGAUAAUGACACUGCGCGGACUCGUCUACGGGCUUCUGAGCUUGUCGAGCUUGUUUGCCUUUACUUCCGCGCAAUAUGCCUUCACGACUCCGGAUCCAACCGUGUUUGACUUUGACGGUGUCAACGAUAUAACCCAAGACGACGUCGUGGAGUUCGCCUGGGUUCUCAAUUCCACACUGCAAGAGACAGUAUCUGGAGACCCAAUAAUCGACGAUAAUGGCGAUAUAUCCCUCUGGCUCACCAGUUACCACGGCCUGGACUUUACGAGCUGCCUAGCUGCAAGCGUCAACUCCGAGAGCGGCGGUACCUGGGCUUGGAGAGUUAGCUUGACAGACGAAGAAAUCGACGACGGUGGUGGGCAAUUCGUCUAUCGUCUCAAGCCUCCUGUUGCGUCAACUGAUGAGCCGUACGAUGAGGAUCUACCGGAGGCUCCGUCGCGAGGGUUUAGAAUCCUUAAGCAAUCAGACCCCUCUCCGACGUCAUCUACACCUGCGCCUACUUCCAGUUCUCUGCCGCCGACAAGUGUUGCUCCUACCACGACACCGACGGACACAACCACUGAUGCCAACGACAGCAGCAGCGGCGGCGGCGGUGGCGGCGGCCUAUCACCAGGCGCAAAAGGCGGUAUUGGCGCAGGCGUAGCAGUAGGAGGCAUAAUCUUGAUUGGAGGCGCAUUCUUCCUCUGGAGGCAUUACAAAGGACGGCCACAACAUCUACCGCCGGCAGCGGCGGCACAACCACUGCCACUGCCGCAGACAGCUGGAAUGGGCGCGUUCCCUCCGGUUCCUCCGUCUGAGCUCUCUGCUCUGCCGUCGGAGCUGGACUCGGGAGACAGCAACAGGUUCAUAGCUGAGCUGGGGCCUAGUGAGAAGCGGGUGUGAUAGAUGCAUCGUCGGUAUUAAUGACUGG